AUGUAUUUUCUUCUUCUUCAAUUUUUUCUAAACUCAGCAUUGCGAAACCAAAUAUUUGUACUCAAUUAUGAAGAAAAUUUUCUGAAUUCUUUAACAAAAUUAACUUCAUUUCUUAAUGAAUUAUAGGCCUCAAAAGAAGGAACAAAAUGAAGAAAAUGAGCUGAUCAAGAGAGGAUGCAUAUGAGGAUAGACAGAGGAUAGGAGAAGAAAAGAUGCUUUCAGUGCCUAAAAUGAUGAAAUUGAGGAAAUUUAAUGAAAAUUUAUUGGGAUUAUCAAAAACAGUUAGUACUAAAAUAGCUGUACAUAAUCCAUUUAUGGGUGAUAAAGAGAAGAAGUCAAAUUUGAUUUUUCAGAUUGAGGCUAAACUUCAAGAGUUAAAGAAUUAUAUUACUCAGAAGAUUGAUGAAAAGAAUAGCAUUGUUGAAAAGCCAAAAUAUCUCAGAGAUAUCUUGAAAUAACAUGAAAAAGCCUUCUAUUAAGCGAUCUAGAGGGAAAUCGUGCGAGAGUACCACAGAGAAAAUUGCACAUAAGACUCUUCUCAGCAUGCUUGACAUAAGCCUAGUAAAGUCUAAUCUUUUGCUAAUUCAAGACCUAUCAAAGUCAAGUAAUAUACAAGAUAUUGUUUUCUAUACUGCUAAAAUGAGGGCAGACUUCCUCAUCAGCAGGGGUUAUUCAGAAUUUAACAUUGCUUUCAAGAUAUAUAAUGGCCUUCGGAUCUACAGUGUCAUGAUAGACUGAAUCAAAUAAGCAACUGAUUAUGUAUGAACAAUGCGGGUAUAUGAACAGGCUCCGGAAGAAUCACAAAAUCGCAAUAGAAAUGUUCAAGAGAAUGCUCCAGAGCGCCUGGAUUCUGAAGAAGACCCAGGAAGAGCUAAAGGCGUACCAUCAUCUUAGUCUUGAAUAUUAUUACCUAGAAGAGUUGAAUAAGAGCAGAUAUUAUCUAGAGAAAUAUCUUAAAGGAAAUAUUGAGAAAGACAAUAGUAUUAUCAAGCAGAUUUAUCUUCAAGAAUAUAAAAUCAAAUAAGGUCAAAUACCAUGUUCCUCAAGAUCUUGAUGUGCAGGAACUCAAAGAUGAUAUUUUAAAGAAUUCUCUAACCUCACCUAGCGAGGGGAGGCAUAAGAUAGACAAGAAAGCAAAUGAUUAUUCCAUUAAUCAUUCUCAAUCUCAGGCCUACACUGAUUCAUGUAGUUCUCCGGUUGGAGUCACAAGGAAAUAUAAGUUCCUUAAUAUAAAAUCUAUUUGUGCAAGGUCAGAUCUUGGAAAGAAAGAUCAAUCUAAACGAAGAUUCUUUUCAAGACCUCCAAAAGUAACUGUUAAGAAUAACACUGAGUAUUUCCUUGAUGAGAAAAAGAAGAAUCAGAAGAAGGCAAACAAGAAUAUUUAUUCCAGGAAAAUAAUGAACGCCAGGACAAAGUCAUUUCAUGAUAUUGUACAGCAAGCAGCGUCAAGGAGCCAUCUGUCUCCAGACAAAAGUGAUAGGGCUGAAACCAGGGCUGACUUUGUGAGCAACUGGACUCACGACUCAACAAUGAGAACGAAAUUCACUCAGGAUGGAAUCAAAGAGCUGCUUGCUAAUAUAGAGUUCUUAUUCGAUAUUCUCCAAGCAGAAAAGAUGAAACUGAAGGAGAGAUUAUUAAUCAACAUCAAAGGCCCUCAAAAAGAUGACAAAAAUACUUAACUCAGCCUAGUGUGGGUAUUGGGGCAUCCUCAAUUUUCGAAAAAUU